AUGAUCUUGUCCUACACUCUUGCCAAGAUUUCACGAAGGUUCUGCCAUAUUCUACUUUACGAAGAUCUUGUUCUACACUCUUGCCAAGAUUUCAAGGUCAUGUCAUGAUUCUACAAUGAUCUUGUCAUACAUUCUUGCCAAAAAUGUAUCCAGUUAUUGGGCAUCAUUAUUACCUGUGGUUAAUGAAUAAAUCAUUGCAAUCGUUAAGGCUAAAAAGGAAAGUUUGAGGAUUGAUCCUUUUACAGUCUUGCUGAGAUCUUGCCAUGAUCUUUCAAGAUCUUGAUAAUACCCUGGCAAGAUUAUUGUAUACUCAGAACAUGCCACGAUGAACAGCCUAGAAAUAAAUAUUAAGUUAAGUAAAAUCUGUAUUGUAUGAAAUGUUUACGCUCCUAUCAAUUAAAUUUAAAAAACCGACCUAAUUUACUGUUUCAUCGCUGAUAUUUCAUGAAAGUUUAUUUAUAAAAAAUUAAGUUAGCCCUUCAUUUAGUUAUAGUUGUCAAUAUAUUAAAUCUUUGACAUACUGUCUUCUAGAUGUGGUGAAAUAUUUUGUGAUACAUGUACUUCAUACACACAAAGAUUGUCAUUACUUGCUCAACGAGAUCCUGACGGACUUCUUUACAAGGUAAAGGUUUUGUACUACCUCGUGAUCGUAAAUCAUGCCAGAACUUGGCCAUAAACUGUGGAAAUAUUUUAAUAAUCUUUUAUAUUGCCAAAUUUGAAAAUCCUUUAAAUUAGUUGCAAAUUGUAGUAAUUUUAAAAUUUGUGGUUAAAGCCUUUCACUUUGAUGAAUUAAUUAAGCAUUUACAGCCAAAGCUGUUUGCAAUUGCAAUACAUGUAUUGUUUUCUCUUUUUUUACAAACAAAUCUAAAAAUAAAUAACGUUAUCAAACUGGGGAAGAGCCAAGUGUUUUCUCUUUUGACGGUAGAUUUUAAUAACAAAAGUGUACUUUUCGAAAUUAAAUCGUGGCUCAAUUUUUGACAUUAUUUUUUCUUCUUCGCUUAAUAACAACAUGGUUGAUGUAUUGUAGGUUUGUAUUCAGUGUUUCAACAGAGAAGGGCAAUUGUUUGGCAAGACUCGAUCACGUAUGGCGGAAUUCAAAGGCUUUAUGUCUCAAAACAACAAGAGAAGUUUAAGUGAUUUUGUAGAUGGAGAUGUAACUUCCAUUAUAUCACGUAGACUGGCCAGGUUAACAUGUAAAUAUCAGGAACAUGUAAAUGGAGAAAAAUCAAGUGUCGUGGAUCUGGUCAAAUCUCCGGUUACUGUACCCUUAUGGCAAAUACCAAAGGAUGGAUUGGUAGGUGUGCUGAAAUUGCUCGCUAUUUCUCUCAUUUACAACCCGGUUAACUACUGACUUUACUUUCUAUCAUCUCCAGACUGGUUAUUUUUGGUGUGUGAGGUUUAGCUGUAUACAGAUUCUUACUUCCUUAAAAUGAUAUGACUGAAAUAAAAUGAAAGUUAUUCCGAAGCUGAAACUAUCAUGUACCCGGCACAGAUUGCAAAGAUAACUACAUUUUCCAGAUAUUGUAUCCCACAUCUUCCUGGUCGUAGGUAAACGUGUGAUUGUAAAGAUUUAAGUGUUUGUUUUCAUUUUAGAAGAACGCACGGUGUUGCUAUCUUUGUACGAAGAAAUUCAACCUCAUACGUCCUGCUCAUCAUUGCAGGUAAGACUGUAUUCACGAACUAGUUAGUUUGUAUGGGAAAUUACACGGUUCGAGAAGUAUGAAUGACGCAUGUUUGGCAAUACGCAAGUGCGUUAACCCUUAAUCAGCACAAUUUUGCUGUAAUGUUGAAUCCGCACAGUUUUUAAUCAAUCAGAAUCGAGUAAAUUGACUAUAAAAUGAUAUUAAUAUAAUGAUUUUUUCAGUGUUGGUGUAAUGUACUCAGGUGAAUAUGAUGCUUGUGAUGUUACUCUGAGUGUGUAUCCACACCGGGCAAGCUUGAAAAAUAAGCCCUGGGCACGGUGGGAAUCGAACCUACGUUGGCAGAGCUUUGGGCUAGUAUUAUAGUAUUCCAAAGGUCGUAGGUUCGAUUCCCACCGUGGCCAGGCAUAUUUUUCAAGCUUGCCCCUCGGAGUAACAUCACAAGCAUGAUAUUAAUAUAGUUAUAUCAUCUAAAUUCACAGUGAUACAUGUGUCAAGAGGCCGUGAGAGAUGUAUUUUUUGCUAUGCUAAUUAUUGUUUAAAUGGUUUCUUAAAAUAAUAGGAAGGCCAAAGUGAUUGGACUUUUAAAGAUCAUAUUAAAUACAUGAUGCUACAGAAUGUUUAAUUGACUUUUUCGAAUUAUUUACAUUUCCUUAAUACACCCUUCCGGGAAGUACUCGGCCUUGGCUAUAGAGCCUCGUUUUCGUGAUUUGAGAUAACUGCGUUUAGAGUGCUUUAUAUUGUUACAGGUAACCAAGUAUUUUCCAAAUCAUGUAGUUAUAUUUAGAUAAUAUAAAAAACCUUGAUACAAUUAGAUCAUCAGUAACAAGAAAGCCGAUAUCUCAAUCCCGAAAACGAGGCUUUAUAGUCAAGAGUAAGUACUUUCCGGAAGGUUCUAUUAUUAUAGUACGCACUAUGGCAUUAUUAUACUACUCCAGUAUUACUACGACAAUAAAUGACAUGGUAAAUUAUGUUUAGAGUUUGUGGCGAAGCUGUAUGUUUGGAGUGUUCCAGUGAAGAACUUCUGUUGUAUUGUGAUGACAUCUCCUCAAGUAUUUCUUGUUGGGCUGUACUUGAUAUUGCGGGCUGUCCACCUGAACCGCCUGAAAUACGGGAGUGCUUGAGGCUAUGCAACAGUUGUCAUAGUCAUGCCGUUCAUAUUCAAGUUCAGAAUGUCAUCAAAGAACGUCAGGAUAACGAAGGAGAUGUACUCAAGAAUGUGCAGAAAUAUUAUGAUCAACUUAUGAAGUUGAAAGUGAAAAUCAAUCAGGUUUUGUCAAAGUAUCAAGAGUUAGUCAAUGCUAUUGAACAUGAAAGAGAUUUGUCAGAUAUUCUACCUAAAGGAGAAAGUACAACUAAAGUACUUGCAAAAUAUAACUCUGAUACAUCAGAUUUGUUUACACAGUUUGCAAUUGAUAUGCAAGGGUUUAAGAAAGUCAGACCAAGGACAGCAUGUCAGCUGCAGCUUGUUUCGUCAAUUAUCAACGCCAUGCAUGGAUAUUAUUCUAAACAUUUUUACACAUUUCGUGAUUUGCAACGAACUUUGGAUAAUACUCUGGGAUGCAGAGCAUUAGAGAGUGUGCAGUUCAUUGUUGAUUAUCAAACUAUCAACUGUACUUUUCUCGCUCUAAAACAGCUUGGUUUUGAAUGCCUGGAAUUAUGUCAGAAAUACAACAUAGAUUCGAAUGUUGCCUCUCUCCUUGCUCUAUGUGAAGAUGUCUGUAAGCAAGAUUUGCAAGAAGCAGUGAAGUUAUCUGGUGAAAACUGGGAACAACACGAAGAAAAUACUCGACAUUUUGUUAAAAUUAGAUUAAAAGAGAGAAAUCUGUUAAUUUCCUUGAAGAAAACGAAGACUGCGCAGUAUAUUGAGAAAUUGGUGUUACAGAAGUGUGAUUUAAUUUUACUAAAAGUUGAGCGACAGUUGAAUGCCAAAGCUAGAGUUAAUAAAUUCAAACGUACAAAGAAAUCUUUAGAAACAACUCAUGAUAAAAUUAAAGAACUUUGUUCAGAUGCUGGGUGAAACCUAUACUAUGGGUGUCAAUGAAAUACGUUUUCCAUCAUCGUGAGUUGUAAACACUGCGAAUAUAGAAUGAGGCAACUACACCAAUAAAAAUAUAUUUACAAGAAACUUUUAUUCCCCAAGACGGUUAGUCAAUGUAGAUGCUAAAACCUUUAUACAAAUUUACUUGUUUACAUUUUUACGUGUAAGGUUGCUAUCACUUACUUUUCAUAUCACAGACAUAAAUUCUCUUUAGAGUUCUUCGUAAGUUUAUGCGUCCUGCAUGGUAGUAAUAAUUUACAAUGUCUGUAUUACGUACAUGUGACCUGGAUGCCACGUUAUCUAAAUGUCACGUGAUCUAAAUAAUGCAACUUCUUUCUGACAUGUCGACGAACUGUUUACACUUGGCUUUUGAUUGAGACAUGUUAUCCACAGUUGUGAAUACACGCGCUAAACCAUGCAUUAUUGUUCAUUCAAAUACUGCUGAGAAAUUAUUUGUUUGGCUAGGGAAAAACUAAACUUUAAAAAGUUAAAAAUCUAACAUUUUCGACUAUUACAAUACACGCGAUUAAAUAAGUAAGUGCAAAGUUUUAAAUGCGAUCUUCUCCCUUUGAGAAAACGAACAUACACAGCCAGCUGGACAGUUCCUGAUUUUUAACCAUUUUAAAUUUAAGUUUUUAGCCUUAGUCAAGCGCAUUCAUGUGUUCUUAGAUAUUCAUUUCAUUCACGUUAUCGUAAAUUGCUGGUUUUGUAUUAUUUUGAAUGUUAGAAUUUUCAUAAAGUCUUUCCUGUCGUUGUUUUCUGGCUGCAUUUAGUUUUUCUUCAUCAAUAAUAGCGUAUUGUGUUGGAGGUUCGCUGGGUUUCCUGCUUUCACUCGCACGAGAUUUUAACGCCAACAUAUCCAAGUCUGUGUAAACAAUGUUGGGCUAAAA